CGUGUUCGUACCGUCGUCGAGUCGUGUUGUUAAUCGUGCAUUAGCGGACGCGUCGUUGCGAAGCGAAAAUCUAAGAAAAAAAUUCAUGAAAACAGAAGAGCAAGAAGUAAAUUGUGACUUAGCAGAAAAUCUUUAUUGAAAUGCAGAAAAUCAGAGGCGAUUUGCAUUGAAAUUUGAAAAAUAAUUAUUAAAUCAGUUAAAAUUUACGAAAAUCGUCAGAAAAAUUGAAAUUUGUGAAAGUAUAGGUGGAAAAUUACGUUUUACCUUCACUUUCGUUCCACGUCGUCCCCGAAGAAAACUCAAUUCUGCCCACACGUUUUCACACACACACACACACAAGUCUAUCUGCCUACAGACUACUUCAAAAUUGUAUACGUAAACGAAUUAUUUAGAAGUGUAUGUACAAGCACAUCCACACCUACACACAUAUAUACGUGUACUAAUUGAAAGCGAAACAUCACAAACACACACAAGCGAUUUAAUUUAAUAUCACUGUACACGUUGUUGUUGUUGCCGAAACAUUGUUGCCGUCGGUUGUUCAAUCUGGUUACCAAUCUACCUGCACACAUACACACACACACAUCUAUGAGUAUAUAUGAAUUUGGGUCUCUGCAACUGCCACACAAAGUGAAUUGGUGAGAAAAAAGUAAAAAAAAAGCAAAAAAAAACACUGCAAAUAAACUACGCACAUUUCCCUUUAGCGACGCGUACUCAGCCAUAACGGUUUUUUGCGCCUCUUUAACGCCAUCUACGCAAUAAAAUAAGUCGCUUUGAAGUCUAAACGCCGUAAAGGAAGACGUUCUUACAAGCCGCUCGAAAGCAUAGAAACGCGACAAACGUAAUAAUAUAUUCGGCGCCACAUUUGCCGCAUCAAUCGGCGCCAACCGAACCACCAACCCACGCCCUAACAGCGGGAGAUACCCUUCUUCCACACUUUAUUCCCCCAACAGCCGGAAAUAUAGUGGACAUUUACAGUGUGUUUCGUGCAAGCAUUUCUGGUUUGUGUUCGGCAACGUCAUCGCUUUGAUUAACCAACGGGAAUUUUGCGUCUGGUGGUUUGGUUUCGAAUAAGUUUUAGUGCUACAAAGUAAAAACCUUCCUUAUGAUCGGAUCAUUUUGGAAUUUGUGUAGAGCGUGCCCAUCAAUGCCGGUCGACAAGCAGCUCCAUUCGGAGUAUCGGAGCACUUAUCGCUGGCAUGAGUUCACAGGCAAUUCGCGGCCAGAAGUGGUGCGUCGUGCGCCAGCACCCAAUCCAAGUCAAUUCAUCGCCUCAUUAACAGGUCCAACGAAUGAGCCACCAUUACCCAGGCGGAAAAAAUGUCCAGAGUUGGCAUACAAGUCGCACGAAUUCAUUAUCGGUUCGGAGUACACAGAUACGAGAGGUGGACAUGCUGGUGCCAAUCGGUUAGCCAGGUCGGAAGAACGCGGUACACCAUCGCGUCGGAGCAAAUCUGAGGGACCUCCAGCUGUGCCCAACGGACGUGCGUAUGCCAUACCAGAGGAGGUUGAUGGACCGGCAAAAAAACAGGCGGGUGAGUCAAAUGGCCUAUUCAAAAAGACCAUCUCAAAAUUGAGCACAGAAUAUCGUUUGCAAUUCGUUUGGCCCAAUGUCCGACGAAUAAAGGGCAUUGAGGCCGGCGAUGCGGCGGAUCACCCCCGAAAAUCAAUAUCAAUGGGGGCGCUCAAAGCUAGCCAACAACAACAGCAACAGCAGCAACAACUGCAUCUCAGGCAACACCCACAACCGGCAAUGCCAACCGUUCAUAAAAAACGUACAACAAAUCAGAAAGAAGCUACACUACAUGAGCUGGAGCCGCUGGUUAGCGAUGCAGAAGAAAGCAAACCACAAGAAAAACAAGUCACCAUUGUUGAGAAGGUCGAACGAAAAAUGACUAUACGACCAUUCUCGCAAGCUUUCGACCAAGAACGCACCAAUCACUUCAUAACCAAGAAGGAGAACUUUGGCUUUGACGAGAACAAGGGCGGCGUCGGUGUGGACAAUAAGCAGCAACAGCAGCCGGAACAGGAAGUGCUCUUGAAUGGCACAGCACCGCCACGUUCGCAGCCGAAUUUGGAUUUGUGGUUCAAGGAGGUAGUCGAACUGCGAAAGAAGGCCGGCGAGUACAAGUGUCGCGGUUGGGGCAUAGAAAUCGAUCCGGAGCUGUACAAGAAGCAAAAGGACCUUUGGGAGCAGGUUUCCAAGCGCAGUUCACUGUCUGCCUUAUCAUUAGCAUCUUCCGUGCAUAGACCUAUUACUAAGGAGGAGAAGGAGCAGGAGAAUAAUAAAAAAUCCAUACCAUUAAGUAAAGCCACACAAAAAACUCGAGUUCCUGGCCAUGCCCAUUUGCUUGAUAAUAAAGAUGAGAUUUCCGCACUGCCAGCUCGCUUUAGCAAUAUACGUCAUCAUUUGGAGCGCACCACCGGUCCCGAUGUUGAGGAGGGUGCACUGCUGCCAUCGCCCACACGCGAAAAGCUAAUGCCGGCAAUCACCAAACGUGAGUCCGAAUCACAACGCGGCAGCCCCAAGAAGACGGCCGCCUCACGGCAUGGCUCACCACAAAAGGGCAGUCCACAGAAGGGCAGCCCCAAGAAGGUGAUCAAAACGCGUUCACAAUCCGUUGGUCCGGCCGAGCAUGUCUCGCCGAAGCGUCAACUGCGCUCCGCCAGCACAGCGCCUAGCGCCCGGCUAACGGCUGGCAAGAAGACACCCGUUGUACCUCAUCAUGCGACAAGCGCUGGAACGGCCGCAAGCGGAACCGCCGUCGAACGUAAGCCACGCCCAUCCACCCUAUCCACCACACUCCAUUCACGUACGAAGAGUAGUUCCCUACCACCGCCCAGCGGCAGAGCUCAGUCAGCUUCUGCUACUGCGGCUACCACUACUAAUACAACUAACGCAACAGCUGCAAAACAGUCGAAAUCCACACACGAACCCACGAAAUACCCGAAAUCCAGUCAGCUGUGCAAAAACUUCACACAAACCGCAUACGGUAUGCCGUUAUUGCGCAAGAAGGAUAAAGACAAGACAAAUUUGAUAAAUCUUGGCAACAGCAGAGUUGGUGAGAGUCGUACUGUCAAAGCGCGCCCGAAGUCCACAGGUGCUGCCAUAAAUGUAACAGCAAGUGGUGCAAAGCCCGCCAGACCGGUUUCCCUCACCGAGGCCACACUGCUGCCAAGUAAGACUGCUACGACAACAAAGGCGACCACGCCUAAAAUCGCCACCAAUGUCGCGAAAAUUGAUGCAACAACAACAAAACCAUUGGCAAAAGAAUUGAAAAGCGAUGAAGGAAAACAGAAAACAGCAGCAACAACAGCAAAAGCUUCAGCUCCAGCUGUUGUCGCAGGCAAGGACGCCGAAAUAUUGCAACCAGAACAAAAGGGCACUGCAAUGGCGCUCAAAACGGCAGAUCCCAUGAUGACUAGCGUAUUCGGCGCGCUACCAAAUGUUGGGGCUGACAGUAAAGAUGUCUCCAAUCUUAUGACCGCCAGCGUAUAUGGUCGACUCGGUGGCAGUCGCGUCACUGCUGAUCCCAUGUUGACGAGUGUAUUUGGACAAUUGCCUACUGGAGAGGUUGCCGGAGACGCUGCACGCAAUAUUGCCGUUGGUGGUAGUGGCAGCGGUGGUGGUGAUGAUGUUGGUGGUGGCAGUGGUGUUGGUAUGGUUAGUGGUGCUGGUGGUGGUGGUGUUGAUGUCACAGCGGUCAAAACCGUUGAGCCAGUAUUGGCCAAAAAUCUCACCUUGACUGGCUUAACGGUACCAUACGCGCGGGAUCAUAAGAAAUCCGGUGAAAACGAUGCUGAAGAUGGGCGCGAUACUGCUAUAUCUGUGUCGAGUUGCAGCCCACAGCCGGCGCCUGAAAUACCUGAUGAGCCUAUUGUUAAAUCGCCACCAGAGCCUACACGCGUCAAAUCGCCAGAGCAGAUAUUAAUGCGCUCGCCGGAUCCGGUCAAUUGGACCGUGCCACUGGAUACAGGGAAAACAUUCACUGUUACGCAGAACGUGAAAGAGGGUGAAAACUAUAGUCGGCCACAGAGCGAAAUAAAGGCUUCGACACCGGUCGAGAAGCCACCACCACCACCACAAUCGGCACCGCCACAACUAACCGAACAGGCUAAAAUGGACGGUAAGCCUUAAAGUCGCUUCUACACAACAAAUAAAGAAAAAUUUCAAAAACGCUAGCAAACUUAAGCCAAACAAAAAAAUCUCUCUCUAUAUAUACAUAUAUAUAUUUACUAUAUAUUUAUGAUAUAUGACGUAUCUCGUAAGAAAUCCAUAUCAAACUCAGACCAGCUUCUUAACGUAUUCGUAUUAUUCGCUACUCAUCAUUACAUUGCGCCAAUAGUCAAGUAAUUUAUAUAUAUAUAUAUAUAUAUACCUUUAUAUAUACAUGCAUACAUAUAAU